AUGGAGCACUUGAAAAGAAAUCACACAAUGGUGGAUGAGUUCCUUUUGGCAGCCAUUUCCCCAACACGGCAAUCGCAGGCUGUUCUAUUUGUCGUCUUCCUCCUGGUUUAUGCAGCCACCAUAGUGGGAAACACCCUUAUCAUGCUGACAGUGGUAUCAGACCCUCAGCUGAGCACACCCAUGUACUUCCUGCUGGGGAACCUCUCCUUCUUGGACCUUUGCUACUCCACUGUCACAGCCCCCAAGAUGUUGAUGGACUUCCUAGCUGAGAAGAGGAGCAUUGUCUUUGAUGCCUGCAUGGCCCAGCUAUUUUUCCUCCAUUUUGUAGGUGCAGCUGAGAUGUUCCUCCUCACCGUCAUGGCAUAUGACAGAUACGUGGCCAUUUGCAAGCCUCUUCACUAUCCCAGCAUCAUGAACAGGCAUCUCUGUAGCUGGCUGGUGGCAGCAUCUUGGACUGGAGGCUUUAUCCACUCCACAGUCCAGACCAUCCUCACCAUGAGACUGCCCUUCUGUGGGCCCAAUCAGGUGGACAACUUCUUCUGUGAUGUCCCACCAGUCAUCAAACUGGCUUGCACUGACACCUAUGUCAUUGAGCUCCUCAUGGUCUCCAACAGUGGUCUUAUCUCUACCAGCUGCUUUAUUAUCUUGGUGAUAUCUUAUGCAACCAUCCUGGUGAGGAUCCGCUCCCCCGAGGGCAGACGGAAAGCCUUCAAUGUAUGUGCCUCCCACCUCACUGUGGUCACCUUGUUCUUUGGUCCCUGCAUCUUCAUCUACGCUCGGCCUUUCUCCACUUUCUCAGUAGACAAGCUGGUCUCUCUCCUGUACAAUAUCAUCACCCCCAUGCUGAAUCCUUUGAUCUACACCUUGAGGAAUAAGGAUGUGAAGAUGGCCAUGAUGAAGCUGAGAAGAAAGGAAGUCAUUUCUGAUAAGAUGUUAGUGAUGUGA